UUGGGGGGUUUCGAAAUACUACGACUUGCAAAAAAUGUCCACCUCAUGUACGUGAAGAAAUUAAAAAUUUCAUGGAGAAAAAGGCAGAGAAAAGUAAUCUUUCUCAACUUGCGACAUUGGACUUUAAGGAUGUAGACCCUCUUGGUGAUGAUAUUGAUAUGGAUAAUAUUGGAGCUAAAGGUGUGCCGCCUAUAAGUACAAGUACAAGUUCUAGAUCAGUGAAUAUGCAAAAAAGGCCCAGACAAAUAGGUCCAAUGGAUACGUAUUUUGCUCCUAAUGUACAAAAAAUUGUUGAAAGUAGAAAGGGUAAAGAAAGACAAUCUACGAUAAAUGAGGCAUACAAGAAAGAAUUGAGGGAAAAAGCUUGUAUGGCCAUAACUGAGUGGAUGUAUGAUGCGGCAAUUCCAUUUAAUGCCGUUAAUUAUUCAAGCUUCAAAAGAAUGUUGGACUUGGUUGGCCAAUAUGGCAUAGGUCUAAAAGGACCUAGUUAUCAUGAGGUGCGGGUUCCUUUUCUAAAAAAGGCGGUUGAUAGUGUGACAAAUGAUUACAUUAAGUCGUGUGAAACAGAAUGGGCCAAGUAUGGUUGUAGUUUGAUGGCAGAUGGGUGGACAGACAAAAGGCAGAGAACAUUGAUUAAUUUUUUAGUGAAUUCUCCUAAAGGUUCAGUUUUCAUCGAAUCGGUUGAUGCUUCUGAUUAUGCAAAGACUGGAGAGAAUAUUUCAGUUGCUUGAUCGAUUUGUGGAGCGUGUAGGAGAAGUAAAUGUUGUUCAAGUUGUUACAGAUAGUGCAAGUAACAAUGUGCUUGCUGGAAAAUUAUUAGAAGCAAAAAGGCCACACUUGUAUUGGACUCCUUGUGCUGCUCACUGCGUUGACUUGAUCUUAGAAGAUAUAGGGAAAUUGCCUGAUUUUAAAGCAACAUUGAAGAAGGCAAUGAGUGUGAAUGCUUACAUUUAUGUUCGCCCCGGCAUGGUAAAUAUGUUGAGGCAAUUCACAAGACAAAAAGAGCUUUGUCGGGCAGGUGUCACAAGAUUUGCUACAGCUUUUCUUACUCUUGAAAGGAUGCACCUACAGAAGCAAAAUUUAAGAAAAAUGUUCAUUUCAAAAGAUUGGACAGAAAGUAAAUGGGCAAAAGAAGCGGCGGGGAAGAAGGUAGCUAAAAUUAUCAUGACACUUAGAUUUUGGAGCAGUAUUGUGCAUAUCUUAAAAUAUAUGGCCCUUUAG